AUGGGUCACAAUUUCGAAUACACUAACCCACAACUGCCAUUUUCUCUACCAACAGCUGGUGGUUUGGAUGUGAAUGCUGUAAUCGACAUUCGUGGUCGAUUAGACAACCGUACAUCCGAGGAUUUUGUAAUUAACUUGUCCGAUGGCGAUGACAUUGCUUUACAUGUAAAAGUAAGAUUUGAAAGGAAUCGACAGAACAUCGCGUUCAACUCAUUUGAAAAAGGAAAAUGGAAAAAAGAAGUGACGAAGGACGUCAAGCUUCACAAUAAUGAUCCAGCUCACUUGGUGGUACGAGUCACUGAAAAAGGAUAUUUUGUAGGUUUAAUUCGAAAAAGUACACUUGCCUUCAGGUUAAUGUAGCUAUAGUAUCAUUCGCCGUAGUUUUACAAUAUAUGAUAGUUUUGGUCACAGUCUUACACGUUAGGUUUCUUGUCGUCGUUUGAAAGUAUUAUAUUAAGGUAGCAUCAUCUAAUAAAAUCAUCAAAUAAAGCCGCGGUUUAAUGUUUUUGAGAUAUAGCCAGAGUUUUGGCUUUUGGGUCCGGUCCGGAUUUUUGAAUUUAUUUUUCCCGCCAAACGCAUAUCUCGAAAACUAUUAUAGAUUUCAAAAAACUAACAGCAUCUAGAAGGAUCAGCACCAUUCCAAAUAGGGGGGUAGAAAAAGUUUCAGACCGAUCCGACCGGUAGAAAAAAAGCGCGGGAAAACAAAAUUCAAAUUCCAGACACCCGCAUUGGGUCCGGUCCGAGAAGAACUCUGCAUAUAGUAUUGAGUGAACAUGUAGCACAUCCAUCCAGUAAUAUAUGCUUCGAUAAAAGGUAGCACAACUGUCUAGUAACAUAUGAAUCAAUAAAAGUAGCACAACCGUCUAAUAACACAUAGUUCAAUAAAAUGUAGCACAACUCCCUAGCAACAUAUGAUUCGAUAAAAUGUAGCACAACCGUCUAGUCACCUAUGAUUCGACAAAAUGUAGCACAGCCGUCUAAUAACACAUAGUUCAAUAAAAUGUAGCACAACUCUCUAGCAACAUAUGAUUCGAUAAAAUGUAGCACAGCCGUCUAACAACACAUAGUUCGAUAAAAUGUAGCACAACCGUCCGCUGAGCUGUUGUUGAAUAAAAAUAAUUUUUCAGAUAUUAUUCAAUGGAUCCCACCUGGGCGACUUUGAACACAGAUUGCCGGCCAAACACAUUCAACAGUUUGACUUGAUGGGAGGAAUCCGUGUUGAAUCUUUGAAGUUGGAGAACUUCCCUCAUGUUGAAGGAAUGCGUCAUUACUAA